UGCUCAGCAUGCUCCGCCGAGGCUUCGCCACGUUUGCUCCUUCUUUGUCUGCCCAGGAUGCUGCCUUGGACCCUCGCUGCUCUCGCCCUUCCUCUCGCCGUACGCGCGCAAACAUACAGCGCGACGUACCUGCCGUCAAAUGUUCCCCCGACGACGGAACAGGGCCAGUCAGGCGCGAAUCAAUGCGGAACUGGUUUUAAUCAGACGUCCGAGUGCCAAAACGUCUACAUUAACGCAGUGGACGACUUUUGUAUCUUUGGCCCGCCCGAGCCAGGUCCCGACUCUGUCAUUGGCAACACCGAGCGCAUCGAGGUCUCCUGGUGUAUCAAGUCUGGUUACGGGACUCGCAUCAUCCCCGACGGUGCCAUCGCCGGUGCGCACUUCGUGCAAACCCCAGAUUAUGUCCAAGUCACGGGCGUCGGCGACCUCACCAUGAUCAACAUUCCUCAGGGUGACGCAGGCGGCGAGCUCGAUCCACAUGGUGCAGAUGGGAACGGGAACCCAAUCGGCGGGCUCGUCUUCUCGCAGGCGUUUGGGCAGCUUGAGCAGCUGCACGAGUGGACCAACUUCGUUGCUUACAACGAGUUCUGCAUCCGCGGCUGCAAGGACGGCCCAAACGCGCCCACGCUCUGCCAGCAUAUCUACGAUGUUAUGGGCUGCUUUUGGAAUAUGCCCGCCAACUAUGAUACCAGUGUCUUUGAAGACUGCCUUGGAGACACGGCCUUGCCCAUGGGCGUGUAUGGCACGUCGACCUUCUUCCAGGGCGACCCAAGCACCCCACCGGCACACCCUGCGCCGCCAUCCUCGCAAUGCACCUCGUUCAGUACAAUCGGCAAUCUUGCUGUGAGCACAUCUGCAGGCGUGUCCUCUGCGCCUGCCUCUGUAAGUGCGCUUUCCUCUGCCCCAAGUUCUGUCGCUUCGUCUACUGCUCCACCUGGUGCUUCUGCCUCCUCGUCUUUGCAUGCGUCUGGCAGCGCGUCCUCAGCAUCUAGCUCGAGAGCUGCUGUGACUUCGUCGGCCAUCCCGUCAUCCGUAGCUGUGAGUCUCCAUCAUGCUGAUCCACCGGCCGCUUGGUUUCGUUCUUGUGAUUCUUGUGUGCAGCUGUGUCAGUUGUGUCUCUGCGCAUAG